AUGGAAGAUCAAAGGAUAUUGAAGAAAAACCGCAUCCCAAUCAAGGCAGUGAAAAAAAGCAAAGUUUUAGAAUUUGCCACCAGACUUCGAUCGAGUUCGAGGGAAAAUACAGACCAAUUAAAAGAUUCAUUAGACCAAUUAUCUCCCGAUUUUCAGACAGAAAAUGGCCUCUUGAAGCGACCAAUUCAUCACAUAACUGGCAAGGAGAAUGUUAAUUUGAAAUCUAAGGAGCCCGGUAAUAGAGUAGAGUCUUUAACGCCAUUAGCGUCAGUGAAAGAAAACCAGAAAACUGGACAAAAAACAGGCCUGGGUGGUUUCUUAAAAACUAAAUUAUUUAAACGAAAUUUUCAACAAGUGGUCGACUCGAAAUUAACGGAAGAAAAACCCAGCAAGUGUUUCCAAGAAGAUCCACCAGAAUCACCACGGAGUAGGAAAGAUCUUUAUGUACGGUCUUUGGAGACCAAGGUAGUCACUUCACCAAAAACUAUCAAGAAACCUGAAGCAACUAUCACAACCCAACCACUUUCCAAUCAGUUGGGUGCUCAACACAAUGAUUCCAGUUGUCAGAAUCCCAAUCAAUCAACAGCUACCAUAGAUGAAGGUCCUAUCAUCAGAAAGGCCAUUCCAGUAGCAAAACAGGCUGAACUGGAACCAAGCCCUGUCAUCCAAAAGAAAGUCUCCAUAACCAAACCCGGAAUAUCCAAAAUCCCUGCGAAACCCACGAGCGGAACAAUUACACCGCAAGGUUCUUUCAGACAAUCUGGAAAACAGCAACUGGAAGCCACACCUUCUUCACCGAAGCGACCAUCGUCAAAAGCUACAGUAAAUAAUAAACUCACUAUCAAUAAGUUCGGAUUCGCAAACAACUUAAAAACUCACAAAACACCAGAAACUGUAUCCUCGGACAGUGCGCCAGAUAGACAUAGCAAUGGGUCUGAAAAAUCAACAAAGACUGUUCAAAGGUCAUUUGGUUAUAACGCGCACCACCAAAAUGGGAAAUCAAAAGCAAAUAACAAACCCGGUGACAGUGGCAAAACGCAUAUCAAUAAUGUACCCACAGUAACACUAAAUUCCAAGCGUAUCGAAACAACUUGUUCUGAGAUAAGCGUUAACGAUAAAACACCUCCGCAAUCUGCUGAUAAAAUUAUACUUAGUGAAUUGUCUAAUCUGGAAAACUGUGAAGGUGGAUCUACAAGGUGCCAAGUGCAGACUAGUGUUAUCAAACUCGCGAAAAGUAACAGUUUUAAUAUCGGAUAUAUUUCAACUACUUGUAACAAUUCAGAUUUUAUUCCUACUCUGAAUUCCAGCCAAAAUCAACAAAAUUCUCAGAAACAAUCGAAUCUAAAGAAAUGUGUAUCAUUUAGUAACAUAGAAAUUGGUUCGUAUUAUUCCAACCCUCAUUUAGACAGUGAUGCUGGACAAGUUAAAGGGAUUUUAAAGAAAAGUUUAGACUCUGUGUGUAGCAUUAGUGAACCACCUGUUCGGACUAUUUUAAAGAAAAGUUCGUCUUUUACCCACGGACAAAAACCUUACGUUACUAAGGAUUCCGGACUGCCAAAAACGGUAUCGUUUAAUCUUGGCAAGAACAUCCACCAUAUAUUUACCAAGGACGGUGAUAUUGAACGGAGCGAAGACAAAACGGCGAUCACGAGUCAACUGAAGCCAGAUCGAUCAGAAUCGCAGGAUAUUCGGGAAUCUCCGGAGAUUGACGAACUUCUGUCAGAAACGAAUGUUCCACAGCCCAGACAUGAUAUCUCUAUGGCUGGACAUUCACAAUAUGGAAAAACCAACAUCACACCAGCCUCGGCAUUAAAAAUCAAUUACGUUGGAUUUGUGGAUAAUCAUAUGUACGAGUAUUCAAGUUCGUCGGAUCAGGAUAGUUUGGAGGAAGUGGAUUACUUACCGUUAAAACAAGACGGAGUUCGGUAUGCCGGUGCGUCAAGUCAUUCCGUAAACGUGUCAAGCCAGUCUGAGAAAACUGGCACCGGAGAAAAUUCGGGAAAUUCUAUCAAUACUGUGAAUAAUGAAAGACCGAUAUUUUCGAAAAAGAGCUAUGUCGAGGCUGGAGAAGGGUUACAAGGAUUCCUUAAAAAACGUUCCAAGAAAUGUGCGACUGCAUCUUCGUCCUCUUGUGCUGUGAGGGGAGGAGCUACCCAUAAGGGUAACUGUGUCAGUGAACAAAUAUGUCUUCCAAAGGAUAUACCUGGACCUAAAAUAAUCUAUUAUCCCAAAAUGGAAUCCACAGAAAAUACUCAAGGUAAGGAUUCUAAACCACCUAGAAGGGUUUCACCAACCAAACGGAACGGCAGUCCGUGCAAAGACGCGUCUGGUAAUACAACCAAAAUCCCAGCAAAUGGAAAGACACCUGCACAGUCUAGACUUGCAUGUAAAGAAAAGGCGAAGUCAUUUAAUGGCACCACAAAAGGAGUCCAGACGUCGUCGAGGGAUGUGCAAUCCAAAGCAGAUCCAUCUUCUGAAAUGAAACAAACCACUGCAAAGUGUGGCAUUCCCAAGUCUACCAAGAGCUCGUCUCCCACGCCCAAGAUGUCGUCUUCAAAGGCAAAGUCCUCUAACAGGUGUUUAAUCCCGAAAAUAAACCAACAAGAUCCCUUAAUGGAUUAUGGUAGUAAGACGCCAGAGGGACAAAACGAUAAAACCUUAUCUGAUAGUGAAAGCAAACACCAUAAAUCUCACUCAAGCCUGAAUACAGAUACUUCACCGUGUAAAAUUGGCAAACAAGGAUUAGGACUUAUUACAACCUCUUUAUCUAAAUCUCACGGUAAUAACGAUACGGGUCAGGUCACAUCCUUUCAAGCCCCUACACUCUUAGUCAAUAAUAAACCGAUAAAGACUGACGACCGGAAACGAACCCAAAAUGGUGGGGACAUUGAUGAUUUAACCACUUCAUCACCAGAUUGUCAACGUUUCACAACUUCCUCGAUACCUGACCUAAAGGAAGUCGCACACGUGGUUAAUAUACAAGACAGAAACGACACCCAGAAAUCGAAAAUUAACCCUAGCAGACGACGUAUUCCAACCGGCAUUCCCUCCCGCGUGACUCCACAGAAACCACUUGUAGCAGACGACAAAAUAAUACAAACGAAUUACAACACGUGUGUUGGUGGCACGCGAGGAAUUAGCGACAACAAAAAUAUUAGGGACAACCAAUUAAGAGAACAUUUUGGCGGUGAUGAAAAAUGUGUCAGUGAGCAAAGUUCUGUGAUUGUGUUUAACAAUGGCGGGAAUUUUGUAAAGGGCGUGCAUCGUGAUAAAAAUGUUAAUUUUGGAGAGCAAUUAUCGCCGUUGUGUAACGUAGUGCGCGAUAAUAAUGACCUCGAACGAGAGAGGAAUGUAGUGGUUAAGAACGUCCCUGAACAAACAAACUUGGAUUUUUCUGACGAUUCAAUUGAAUUCGACAUCACUCGAGAGAAUCGUGAAGGAUUUGUAGCAGACGAACAUUCAGUUAUCGAUAAAUAUUCAAAUUCGCGUGAAAGUGAAAUAAAAACCGGUCAUCGUGUUAAAAUUGUGAAAGAAAACGAGUCUAAUAUUUCUUCAAGUGGAUUGAUAAUUUCGAACCAGGCUGCAUCUUCACGUGCUAGUGACAUUCACGUUCCAAAUCAAGAGUUUUCUCAUUCCAAAACGUCAGCUUCGUCUGACCCCAGGUCGAAAUCAAAAUCAAAAAUUGCUAAACCAAUUAAUAAAGCAUCGCUAAAGUCGCUCUUGAAAAAUACCAACACAGUCUCUAAAGUUCCGACUAAAUCAAACUCAUCUGUUCAAGGUCAUGACAUUCGCGCCCAAAUAAAUGGCGGGAACAAGAUUGACGGCACGUGCGUUACCCAGAUACCAGGCAUGGAACGAAAAUGUAAGGAAAAACAAGCGACAAAGGAAAGAAUGCCAUCCCGUGAGAGUAAGAAUGACAAAUGUGAAGCUACUAACACCCCUGCCAAUCAAUUGCAGACUAUAAACUUUUCAAAGACAACAAACCAGCACGGUGCCAGUUCCAAAAACCUGUUAAUGACUUCUAAAAUACCGCGAAAUGGAGGAAUAAAAACUGGAGAAGGAAUCGGAGAUGAUAAACUGAAUGGCAAUCAAUUAUCAGGGGAGUCAUUAGAAACGAAAACCAAGCCCGCAACUUCUAAAAUAACUGUAUACAAGCAGACGGCAAUUACAUCUAGUGGUACCAAAAGUGAAAGUACUGAUAUUGGUAAUAUGACACUGAUUGCGCGUGCCUCACAGAAUGAUGACGUAACAACUUUACCAGGUGCUUUCAGCAAUGAACAAGAAGAUUACCAUCUGAAAGUGGAAGCCAAACAACCAAAAAUUUUCUCUCGACAAACAAAAGAUAGAGAGAAAGCAGAAAGAAGGAAUGAAAAGGUAGACCAAACUAAGAAGGAAAAGAAGGGAGAAAUAAAAGAUGAAGUUUCAACAGAAUGUUAUAAUAAAUCUACCUUGAGGAAGGCUGAGAGUGUCGAAACAGAAAACGUGAAAGAUAGAUUACAGAAGAAAGUGAAAGCUUCUUCUAAAAAGUGUUCAGAAUCAAACAAAACUCUGAGAGUGAACAAUAAAGCUAAAGGAACAAAGCUUCCUAAAAGACAAAUUGCUAAAAGUGAUUCCAAACCAGGUGAAAAAAAUGGUUUAUUGGAAAAUUGUGAUGUGAUCAAACACUUAAAUAUUUCUUUAAAUGAAAAUAACAUCUCUAUAGAGUCGUCAAGUUCAUUAAAACUGCAUGUUGAAGGUGAAAAAAAUGUAAUCAGUGUUAAAAGUGAUAAGAACAAACAUUUAGUAGAAAAAGAAGUUGUUUUCUCACAGGCCUGUGAAUCGAUUGGAGAUGUUGUAACUUUCAAAGUAAACCAGACGAACUAUUCAAGUGCAUCAAAAACCAGUUCUGAAAUCGAUGUAUUGAAAGUGGAUCAUGUCAUUGUGUCUCCGUCUCGAAUUCCAAUUAAAAAGGGAAGCAGAAGUCGAGACAACAGCGAGUCUCCGAACCGAACAAUUCACGGACAUUUAUCAAAAUCUCAUGUAAGUGAAAAUAUUCAUUCCAAAUUAACAUCUCCGCGUAAAAUUCAAUCAAAAAGAAAUUCAGAUUAUUUUGAAGAUAAAGAAAAACAAUGUUCAUUUGGGCAGAAAAUAAAGAGUAAGCCUUCUAAAAGUGAUUUGUGUGAUAACAAGGAUUUGAAUAAAGACAAGAUAUUUUCAGUGCAAUCUAAUAUACAAAAGGGUUUUACCGAAUCUCUUUCAAUGUCGAGUAACAAUAAACAUGAGGUAUUUAAUAACAAGUUUAUGAAUAAUGAGGAAAAUACUGAAAUAGUUUCAAAUGAUUUACAUGUUAAUAAGAGUGUAACAGGGAGUAUACCUAAAAAGAAUAUUGAGAAAAAAAGGCUGAGAAAUAAGGAAGGAUUUAUUAAUGAAACUGAAGGUAAGACUGUAGGCCUAUAUAAUAAUAAAGACUGGAGUGAAACUGAGGAAUAUAAAACGGAAACUUCACCUGUUGAAACAGAAAAGGAAGAGUUGACUAAAAGCCAACUUGGUUUAUUAACAUUUCCUACUGAACUUUCUCAAACUGAUAGUGAGUCUAAAAUCGAACAGUUUUUAUCAACAAAACAUAAUUCUCUCGAAGAUAAUAUGAGUGUUUUGAAUAGAUCUUCACGUGUUUUGUGUUCGGAUGAAAAUAACCGAAGUGAUAAAUCUCAGUACUAUGAUAAAAAGAAUGCAAAUACUAGUGAACGUGUAAAUUUAAAUUCAGAAAAUAAAAGAAUUAAAAACAGUGAGGCAUGUGUAGAGGAUUAUGAACGAAUUGACAAAACACGUAACCAGGACAACUCAAAAAAUGUAAACACAGUGAAGAGAAAAUCCAAAACAAAACACGAAAUUGGUGAUAUAAAAUAUUCAGACAAUUUGAAAACAAAAUUCGAGAAAAUUUUAAGUGAUAUUGACAGUAAUUUGGAUGAUGAUAGUUUACUAGUUUGUGAAAAUGGAGUCAUGAAAUUAGUGGAUAAAAGUCAAGGAAUUCUUAAGAGUGGUCAAGAUGGUUUACAUUCAGACAAUAGAGUUGCAGAACACCAUAUGGGAGUAAAUAAUGUAUCAAAUAGUAAAGGAAACAAACAUGGUCUGGUGGAUCAAUUAACAGGAAAUUCUGACCAGAGAAAAAUGGCUAAUGAUAAUAGGAACCAGGCUCUCAAUUCAGGGGGUCUGCAAUCCACACAGGGCAUCUCAGGUGACCAUUCAACCAAUAAAAUCACCUCUCUCAAAGGUCAAAAUUCAAACAGUGAAACCAACAGACAAAUGAUAGAUAGAACAAGGGAGGCAACUCUUCAAGAACAAGCAGCUGGUGUGGAAUUAAAGAAAGCAGACGACGGUUUCAAUGGUUUUCAAGGUAACGAUGACCUAAUAGAAGGGUUAUCACCAAGGGGUCACCAAGGAGAAAUCCAAUCGUCUGAUAUCAGAGCUGAGUCAUUCAACAAUAAACUAGCAGACAAUGACGAAGGGAUAACAAUAGCAGAGAAAAAGAAGAAAAAAUCGACACAGAAAUCUAUAGACAGUAGUCCCAAAUCAACUAAAAGAUGGGAUUCCAGCCCAACUCAUAUCAGAAGGAACAUCACCAGUCCAAGACAUGCCAGGAGGUCAGAGACCAGUCCGAAACAUGCUAGGAAAGAACAACAAAUUUUGAAGAAGUCUGUUUCAGUGGAUGAAAGGGGGCAUGAGGAAUUAACUCUGAUGACAAAAUUGGAAAGAUUGUCUCGUGGAUUACCAAUUUAUGACAAGAAAAGUCCGGAAAUUCAACGCAGAGCUAAAAGUGCGUCACCAGAUAUGGCAGAUAAAAGGAGAAAACUUACUUCACCUUCAAGACAGCCCUCAUCACCAAAGCAACAUAGACAACCAAAAAGACCAUCUGAUGUGCAGAUUUUACCAGAGUGUCCAAAAGACUCAAAAACGUCACCAACCAAGACAUCUCAUCCAGAGUCACCAACACCUCGAACAAAUUCAAAUCCCAGUUCACCUAAAGGGAACAAGAAAGCACCUAUGGAACAAUCAAAGACCAAGAAAAAUUUAAAACUGUCAGCAAAUGCCGAUGGAAAUUCCAGUGGAUCUCGAAUUCCAAUGACCAAAACAGCCAAAAAUCCAGAAAAGAUCAAAUCAGUAACAAUUUGUGACUCAAGAUCUUCUUCUCAAUGUUCAACCAGAGAAAAUUCUGUGGAGGAUGAUCGGAUUUCCAGAAAUUCGGAAGCUUCAUUGAGAUCGGAAAUUAGCAGUAAGCUGUCAUCAUGGACCACAAGUGCAAAAAUGGAUGGAACUAGACCCAAAUCUUCCCUGAGUAGAACAUCGAGGGAAAAUUCAAUUGAGGAUGACAGAAUGUCCACAAAUUCAGAUACAUCCUUCCCAUCCUUCAGUUCAACAUCCAAAAGUUCCAGAACUGAGUCCAAGUCAUCUAGGCAGAUUCCAAUUUCUAAAAGCAAGGGAGCAAAAAUUGUGAAAACAUCAGAGGAUUCCUACACUCCGUCAUCAACUCGUGAAAGUUCUGUGGAAAGUCAGCUCUCGUUCGCUUCCGAUAUUUCUUCAAUUUCAUCAGUUUCUACGAGUGGCAAGUCAUCCAAAUCUAUUCCACGUUUGGGAAAGUCUGUUCCUACAACAUCCACACCAAACAAAAAGACAACGGAAAAUAAAGUUGCUUCUAAAACUAGUGUGAAACAAAAUGGAGCCAAGAAACCUAAAUCUGCUAGGAUGCCUACUUACUCUGAAAGGUAA